AUUAUUGUUGCAGCAGCUUCGCUUUUUAAUUGACGCUCUUCCCCACACUUUUCAUCCAUUGCAUGUUUUAAGAACUGUCGUUUUGCUGUUAAUUCCUUUCUUUUCGUUCUUUAAAUAACAUGAUCUUUGCUAUCGUUUUUAAAAGUUAAAUAGAAAUUAUAUUAUGUGUUGUAUAACAUGAUAUGGUCCGGUACACAGUGAACCAGUGCUUGCAAAGUUAUACACAUUGGGUGCAAAGCUGUAUACGAUUUACCCAUAUUUGAUAUUAACGGUCGUUUUCCAUUAAUAGUGUUUUGAAAUGCUUGUUAACACCAGCACAAGGUGCAUGUUAUUGCUAAGGUUACAACUCCUUUGUUUUAUCAUCGAGUUAGGUUUUUAUCCUAAUGGUAAUCAGUAAGCGCCCUGUGGUAUUAUGUUCAUAUAUUGUAAUGUAUUAACACAACACAGUGCGAGGCCUGGAACGAUGAAUUAAACAAAGUAAUUUCUGUCAUCAAGGAAAAGUCGUCUUCAAUUCGAACGUCGGAUGAAGCAAACGACCUCGUCCAGUUAUUUGAUACGAAAGUGCUUGGACGUAUGGAUGAGCAAUCACAGCGAACGCAUAAGUUUGCUCCGAUCAUAGUUGAAGCUGAAGAAAGUUUGGCUGAUGAUUCGCCUGGUUUGGAUAAAGCUCUGCCAUUUAGGAACUUAAUGCAACAAAAACAACGCGAUAUUUUGGCCACCGUAAACAGGAUGAGAGACGAAGUAUCAGUUCUACAAAGCCUUAUCCAACGGGUGAAGCAAAAAAUGCAUUCUAAACCCGAAAGGCCUAAUUUAGGGGUCAAUUCACCCCCUAAAAAUGACGCCGCCCCGGAAUUCCCCCCUCCCCCACCCGCCUAUGAUAUGUCAGUCUUGCUUGACGAGAAUUUGCAAAAAGAGAACGAACCACGAGGUUCGAACACGCCAAGAGAAGGCCGGAUAUUUGAGAGGCCGUUGGUUUGUGAGGAUUCAGAUACAACAUCAUUGGAAACUGUAACAUACCGUGAGAGUUUACUGGAUGGUCAAAGUGAAGGAAGCACUUCUAGUUUAACGACCAGUAGUUCGCCUUCGUCGUUGUCCGAUGUUUAUCUUGUUCACGAUAAUAACAACGUCUUAACUGCUCGCAAAGCUUCGUAUAACAAUCCUCCCGACGACGAUGACGAUUCGACAUACACUGAUUUCAUGUCCUCGUUCGUUCAAGUCGAAGAUCGUAUCCGUGGCAUCAGGCAGUCACACAGCAACAGCUCAGUCAGUUCAAGCGCUUCUACCAACAGCAGGGGCAUGGCAGUGCCUCAAAAACCACCACGUUUAACCAAAAAUCGUUUGUCCGACGCUUGGUCCGGUAGCGGAAGUGACGUCACGAAGGUACUUAAACUCACGUGACCACCGAGCACUUAGAAAGCAAAAUAACUCGCACAACCACUUUCGUGUAGAACUCACCGCGUAGCCAUGCUGCACUUUUACUUUGAAACACCAAAAAUUGUGCACGUUUUGACGCUGUAUUGCUGCGUACGGUCAAGCCGUACAGUGUUGCCGUAAUAGUAAUGUAAUCCAAGCAAGUGCCAAACCUAACUCGUAGCGGGAAAAAUAUCUGUAAACACUGUUUUCUUAAAGCUUUUUAAUGUUUGUAUAAUCACCCGUAUUUGUAUUUCAUUUUAACCUUGCCCACAUACCUUUGUAGCUAUAACUACCAAACACUGUCAUAUAGAAGUACUUGUAUAACUUUCUAGAGUAAUGGUUAUGUAUAGCGUGACCACUAAAUACGUUGUUAUCACUCACGUGUAUUAUAUUGCAUGCAUUUUUCAACAUUCGUAGUUUUAUGUCACUGUGCACACGUGUGUUACCCACGACACGAUAUUAAAACGCCUUGUCUUUA